AUGAAUUCUGUUUAACAUGAUACGAUCAAAGCCAAUUUAGAUUAUGAUGAAUAAACAAUUAAAGAAUUGAAAGCACAUUUUACUGCUAUCAUUGAUGUGGAAAGAAAAAGAUAUAAUGUUUAUAAUGAAUUGUGUAAGACAUUAGAACAAAUGUAAAAGGAGAGAGAAAAGAUUUUCAAACUCAAAGAAAUUUAUAUGGAAUUAAGUAAAGCAUUCUUAAAUGUUAUUUAAAAAUUAAAAAAGGAUGAUGAUCCAUCCGAUUUUGGUUUCUUAAAAUUAGUAGAAAAACGAAUAAUACCUAGUCUUAAUGGUCAUUUAGAACAAAUUAAAUAAGUUAGACAGAAUCUUUAAUAAUACAUUUUAAAAAAUACUUUAGAAAAUGAGUGGAAUGAAAAGAGAGCUAUAGCAAAGUCUAAGAAUGAUGAAAAAUUAUAAAAAAUUGAAAGGACUCAUGACGAAGCAAAAAGAGAUAAACAUUUUGCAACUUCCACAUUAUCUUAAAAUUAUUAGACCUAUGUGAAUGACAAGAAUUCAGAAAUGAAGUCCAUGUUUAAGCAUUUUUUAAAUGGACUAUUGGACAUUUGUGCUACUGGAUUGACUGAAUAUGCUAAAGUAGCCUAAAAAAUUCAUUAUACUUCAGAAAAAAAGGAGACCGAAGAAUUAAUUGCUAAAAUGUUAGGAAACUAGAAACAAAAAAAGUGA